GAAUUGUUGUUUGUUAUCUUAGGAAACUGAGAUUGAGAAAAUUUGUCUUCUAGUACAAUCUUUUCAAGAAGUCCUGCACUACAUAACUAGUAAUGUGAAUAUCAUCUAGCACUGAGAAACCAAACUGCAAGGUAUUCCUAAUUUGAAUUUGAAAUGAAGACUUCUGAAAAUUUCAAUUUGCAUGAAGUUCAGGAUGAGUUGAGCACUACAAACAAAAGUUCUGAGAGUAUGGUAGAAAGGAAUCAAGGACUUGAAGACUGGGGAGAAUCAGCAGGCGUUGAUUUCCACGGUUCUGAUUAUGGAUACAUGAAGGAUAAUGCACCAAAAGGACAUCUAAGUUUCUUCCCUCAUCAGCAAAAAUCAUUCUUGCACUCUGAUAUUUUUUAUGGUAUAGGGUAUGAUGCCCUUUCACCACCACUUCGAACAUCUUUGGAGGACACGUCAAAGCUUGGUGACUUUCAGAAUGAUAUUCAAGGUCAACCAAACAAGACAAAGCAAGAUCAAUUUGCUUCAACCUCACUUGAACUCCUAAACAGUUAUGUUAAGGCGCUGAAACGACUGAGCAGUGAAAGAAUCAUUAAGCCAACCAAUGAUACGCCAAGCAUAGAGGUGGCAAGCAAGGGAUUUUCAACUGAAGGAAUCAUGAGGGUUGCUGCAGAAAGAUUUAUCCAGUCCUUUACUAAAACUGUUGAUGUUGUCUCCAUGCUUGAUAAUCCCUUUGAUAUUUCUUUCUCAGGCCUUCCUGAUGAGGAGGCUAAAAAAGUGGAGCUUGCUGAACUCCUUCUGGCAUCUGCUGAAAAAGUGAGCAACCAACAGUUCGAUCGUGCAAGGACAUUGCUAAACCAAUGUGAUCACUUAUCAUCCAGUACAGGAAAUGCUGUUGAAAGAGUAGUUCAUUAUUUUUCAAAAGCACUUGGAGAGAGGAUUGAUCGGGAAACAGGAAAGAUGACAUCUCAGGGUUUAGGAAAGCAACAGUUAUUCAAUAUAGAUGAGGCAAUCAUGGCUCCAACACCCAACAUUCUUGCAAGCUACCAAGAAGUUCCCUUCUCCCAGGUUGCACACUUCGCUGGAACCCAAGCUGUUCUAGAAAAUGUGGCCGAGGCAAAGAGGAUUCAUGUGAUAGAUCUCGGAAUCAGGAUAGGAGUGCAAUGGACAGGUUUGAUGCAAGCUUUGGUUUCACAAUCCGACUUCUCCCUGGAGCUUCUAAAGAUAACUGCUAUUGGAACAACUUUGAAACAAGUAAUUGAGGAUACUGGCAAGAGGUUAACAAGUUUUGCAGACUCCAUUGGCUUACCCUUCUCUUUUAAGAUAGUUAUGGUGUCAGACAUAUUGGAGCUCAAAGAAGAUUUAUUUGAGUUAGAUGCCGAUGAAACAGUAGUUGUCUAUUGUGAAUACUUACUGAGAAGCCUCAUUCCAUUGCCAGAUAGGUUGGAUUCUAUGAUGAAAGUGAUCAGAACUCUCAAUCCAACCAUAAUGGUGGUUACUGAACCUCAGUUUAAUUGCACUUCACCAUAUUUUGUGAACCGUUUCAUUGAAUCUCUUUUCUACUUCAGUGCAUACUUUGAUUGCCUUGAAUCUUGCAUGGGAGAUGAUCCAAACAGGAUGAUUGUAGAAUCUUUGCAUUUUGGUGAGGGAAUCAGAAACAUUGUGACCACUGAGGGAGAGGAGAGGAAGAUCCAAAAUGCAACACUUGAAGUUUGGAGGGCAUUCUUUGCCCGUUUCGGGAUGGAGGAGACUGAAAUGAGCACAUCAUCGUUGUACCUAGCAGAACUGAUAGCUAGGAAAUUUGCUUGCGGGAGGGCUUGCACACUUGACUUGGACGGGAAGAGCCUGCUCAUUGGAUGGAAGGGUACAGCAAUGCAUUCUCUUUCUGCAUGGAAAUUCACUUGACAUUGUCUUGUCAUUCUUCUAUUUAAACUCUCAGCUUCCCUGCUUAAUACAGAACAUUGACGAAAUUGUCAACCAAUCCACCCCUUGUCUCUCAAAAGCCAUUUUGUCAAAUUUUCCCAUUUACUUAAUUUACUGACAUGUUCAAUUAAUCAAAUAUUGAAUUGGCUAACAGUAUCUGAUUGGUGAUUCCACUAAUCUGAUUUCUUUUACCUUUAGGUUUAAGACUUUCGCAGCAGCAUGCUUGAAUAGAUGUAGUAGCUGCACUAAGCCGCAUAGAUUCUUUAAUACUGAUUUUAAUCAAGGUUUAUAACCUCCUAUCCUUGGAGCUUAGAUACAUGAAUGUUCAUGCACAAUCAGUAUAAUGAGCUCAAGAGUUGUUCAAUGAAGACACAUCAUAUA